UCAUAAUGAAAUAUGCUCUUCUGCAAUUUAUCUUAUAACGUGGCAUUGUAACUGUGAAGUCUUAUCGCUAACAUAUACAUCGUAAAGAAAAUCCGACUUCCUGUCGAUGUAUUAACAUGGCAAGAAAUUCAGGUCUGCUAAUAAAGUUAAUUUUCUUAUUAAAAUUCAGUUUUAUCUUUUGUGAAAGUGGGCACCCGAAAAGUUUGGCUAGCAGUUUGCUAGAAGCAUCAAAGUCUAUAAAUUUGGAUGCUCAAGAGGAUUAUCAAUUGAACAGAACUGCGCGUCAUUUUUCUGCUCAUCGUCAUCAAUCUGAUUGUGGAUUUCGCUGUACGGAUGGGGCCUGUGUGAAAAGCCAUCACAAAUGCGAUGGCACCGUUCAUUGUGGGGACGCCUCAGAUGAGACUGAUUGUACGUGCUUGGAUAGAGUUGGAUCCAAGAAAAUCUGCGAUGGCCUUGAAGAUUGUCCCAACGGAGAAGAUGAACUAGGGUGUGGCUUAGGUUGCAAAGAGGAUGAAAUGAGUUGCUCCACCGGCAGAACUCUUGCUUCCCAUUGCAUAAAAAUUUCACAAAGAUGUGACGGAAUUAUUGAUUGUUUUCCAACUCACAGUGAUGAGAAAGAAUGUUUCCGAGUUUCUACCUUAGACCCCAAGACACGAGGCGUUGUUAGCUCUGGAAUUCUUCAAAAGCGGAUAGGAAAUGAUUGGCAUACAGUUUGCAAGUCUUCUGGUUCCGUUGAACACCAAUUGGUUAAAAAAUAUGCGAAAAAGACAUGUGACAUUAUCGUAGGGAACGUGAAUGAAGACCCAAAAAUAAAGACAAUAAAUGCACAUGACUUUGAAGGCGUGGAGCGACUUACAUACAUUCUCAAACUUGAAGACAAGGAAUCGAAAUUUAAUUCUACGACAUCGUGUAAUUCAGGAAAACUGUACCAUAUCAGUUGCCCAGAACCUGCGUGUGGUUGGCCAGUGACGAAAUUUGACAAGCACUUCGUUCCGACGAUAAACGACAUUCUGCACACCAGUUUUACCUUCGGUUCUGACCAUUCCGUGCAUCGAAGAGAAUACAACGUGCAUGGACUAACGGCCAAAAUUGUUGGAGGACAUGACAGCCAGUUUGGAGACUGGCCAUUCAUUGUGGGAAUUUAUCGAAACGGGACUUUUCAUUGUGGAGGCAGUAUACUUAACAAAGAAUGGCUCCUUACGGCGGCCCAUUGUACUCAUGGAUUUGAAAAGUACGUAUUUGAAGCACAAGUUGGAAUGCUUCGGAGACACUCAUUUUCACCCAAGGAACAGACUCGUUUCAUUUCCGAAAUUCAUGUUCACGAACGUUACGACUCGAAGAUUUUCAUGAAUGACAUUGCACUUAUGAAGGUUGAUGUCCCAUUCUUUUUUUCCAAGUGGGUGACCACGGCCUGCCUGUCGACUGAUGUGAGUCAAGAUCCAUUGGCAGGUCACGAGUGUACAGUGAUCGGUUGGGGAGACUUGUCAGAGGAUGGAACUGGUCCUGACCAUUUGCAAGAGGUCAAGCUUCCAGUGUUGCCAAAAUGCUUGGAAACAUUUACCAAAGAUAAUCUACAGAUUUGUGCAGGCGUGUUAGAAGGAGGAAAAGAUGCUUGUCAAGGCGACUCUGGUGGACCACUGAUUUGCACCAAUGACGAAGGGCGUCUAAUCGUCAGCGGACUUGUCAGUUUUGGACGAGGAUGUGCCCGACCUGAUCAAGCCGGCGUUUACACACGAGUCAGUGCUUACACGACUUGGAUAGAAAAUGUUAUUGCUGGAAAUUCGAAGCUAACAAAGCUGCCUAAGGAAUGCAAUGCAAAAUGUGACCGGGAUGGGGGAGAAUGUCUAUUUCCAAAAUAUAUGUGCGAUGGACACGUCAACUGCCUUGCUGCUGAAGACGAAAUGAAUUGUCAGUUCCGAAGUCGAGCAUCCUCCACUGACGACGCUGAUGAAGAAGCUUACGACGAUAUCAAACGGACUGCUCAUGCUACCGAAGAACACACGCACGAAUAUGGAUCCGCCAAAUUAUGUGGCCCCACAGAAUUUCAGUGCAAAACGACACAAAGCUGUAUUCCGCUGGAAUUGAAGUGCGAUGGGAACUUUGACUGCAUGGAUAACACUGAUGAGAAACAUUGUGACUGCGGAAGCAUUUUGCAAAAUUCUCAUCCUCACCUAGUUUGUGAUGGAUUGCAUCAUUGUGCAGAUGGUUCGGAUGAAGUGGACUGUUCGAGCAGAGCUUGCAAUGGGACCAGUGGAAAAAUCAAGUGUCCUUUAUCUGAUUUAUGUAUCAGUGUCUCGAAAUGGUGCGAUGCAUCCGUUGAUUGUCCAUUUGGAGAAGAUGAGAUUGACUGCGUUCGACUAAUGAAAUCACGAGGGAAACUGCCUGACCAUGAAGGAUUUCUGGAAGACAAGGUUUCUAGGGGGUUACAAUUUGGAUAUGUUGUUACUCGCCAGUCGGGAACAAAGUGGGGAAUUGCGUGUAAGGAGGACCUGGGUAAUUCAAUUGGAGAAAGUGUCUGUCCCACUUUAGGACUUAUUCCGUCUGAUCCAGUUUUAACUCGAAAUGCCCGAUCUAUGGCUGAUGAGUCGAAUGCCGUAGCGAGAAAGAAACGAGGGACUUCUGAUGCGAAAUGUCAACAGGGGAAAGCAAUUUGUGGAGAGGAAAGGACGUGCGGAAUGAGGAAGUUGUACUUGAAGGCGAACACUAAUUUUCCGAAGGCUGAUCAGACCGGGGCUUAUCCUUGGGUGGCCAUGGUCAUGUUGGAGGGCAACCCCAUCUGUCCUGGAACACUUGUGAACAAACAAUGGCUUUUGGCUUCGUCAAAAUGCAUUGACGAUAAUGUUCGAUCAACGUCGACGGAAUAUCUUUCAGCUACGACAGGUUUCUUGAAGACCAGCAGCGUUGUUACCAGCACGAUGGAACAGGUGAAACGUAUCAAUUCCGUGAUCAGGCUGUCGACUGGCCUUUCUCUCCUUCGAUUGGAAAAUGCAUUCACCACUGACCAUUUUACGACACAAAUAUGCUCCACUGCCAGUUUAAAAGAAGAUGGAAAAACCCCAUCUUGUGUACGCGUGAAAUUAAUAAACGGGACAUUGCAUGAUCGCAGUGUAACGUACGAUCCUGCUUGUGAAGCGUCUGAUCACCACUGUCUUAGAUUUACUGGCGACAAGUGCAAGCGUUCCACGGAGUAUUUUGUUUAUUGCACGGUAAACCAGUCCUCGUGGUUUUUGCUUGGAUAUGCCACUGCUGAAAAUGUUGCCAAAUGCACCAAAGACGGAAAGUUGAAACUGGAGAAUCCAUUUUACGGAACUGAAGCAUCGGAAACAAUGCAGCUUCUUAGUCGACCUGUUUCGUCGGUGAUAAAAUCUCCAGGCUGCACAGGAACUCGUUGUCCAGUCGGAAACUGUGUGGGGAAUAAAUUUGUGUGCGACGGAAUUGCCCACUGUCCGGAUGGUUUGGAUGAGCGCAGGUGUCAACGCCAUUAUCAAACGCUGUUACGAUCGCAUGAUGUCGAAAAUGAAGACGAUUAUGCAAGUUAUGCAAAUGCAACUUGUCCAUUGGGUCAUUUUAAGUGCAAAAUGACAGGGAAUUGUGUCCCUAUUUCGGCCUUCUGCGAUGGAGCGUAUGAUUGUGGGUAUGACGAUUUUUCGGACGAACCUGAAGAGCACUUAUGCACUUGUAAGCACUAUUUGGAACUGGCUGCUCCAGGAACGCUAUGCAAUCCAAAUGGAGAAUCGACAUGUCCCGAUCGAAGUGAUCAGCUUGGGUGUCCGUGUCAGCCUGACUCAUUCGUGUGUAACUCAAGAUCUUCGUUCCCAACGGAAUGCAUCCAUAAAAAUUUGGUGUGUGACACGAUCAAAGACUGUUCCAACGGCUUGGACGAGGCGUUCUGCACAGCAGUUUCCACUUCUCUAGAGCAUCUCUCUAUGGACAGGAGUAAAAAAAGACUGGAGGGGUACGUACUGGUACGGGUGAAAGGAUCUUGGCAUCCAUACUGCACUGAUUUGUGGUCAAUGGAGAUGGGAGAAAAAAUAUGCAAAUUUCUGGGCUACCCGGUUCUUCUGAGCUUAGAGAAUUAUGAAAUAGAUGAAUUGAAGCAAGGAAGACCAAUCUUUGAAGGAGAAUAUGAGUCAAUUGAGGACAACAGCUAUGAAAAGCCAAGACUGUGGUUUCUGAGGAAUUCUCCCAGAUUUGACACUGGACCAAUCCAAGAUGUCGUCGAUGCCAAAAUAUAUAAUUCAGACGACUAUAAUUGUAAUGUGGGGUAUAUUAAGUGUUCACGACGUAGUUAAAAAAAUUGGCCUGCGUAAAAAUUAUGUGAAGGAUAUUUUAGACUGGUUACUUAAUUGUUUAUUUUAUUAUUUUACUGUUUUUAGACAUAACCUAAUCAAUAAUAAUAAUAUGGUGGUGGUCGUCGGGGAAAGUAGUAAUUACAAUCGCAAAACUGGUUGCAUCCUGGAAAAUUGGCUGAACCACUGUAUCCACCAUUUAGACACUUGUUUCUGCAGAAUGUUUCGCAUACUUGAGGACUCAGAACAUCUAUUUGUACCAAUAGUUUAAGUAGUUUUAUAUGCAGUUUAGCUGUAUACUUUUACUAUAAUUGAUAAUAAAUCUUAAAGUAACAAAUA